AUGAACCGUCUUGUGUGUAUGAAUCGUUGUUACGUCAAUACAUUAAGAAGUAAUGUUGUUAUUAAUUCCUCAAUACUUGCUCCCAAAAGGCCGAUACAGCCCAGUUUAUUUAUUAGUCGCGGAACUCAUGAACAAAAGCACAAAAUUAAGUCAACACUUAACUAUAUGAUAGCUGUUGGAGUAAUGACCGUAGGUUUAAGUUAUGCUGCUGUACCACUAUACAGGAUAUUUUGUCAGGCUUACAGUUACGGUGGCACCACAGGUUUAGCGGAAUCAGACAAUAUAAGCAACAUGGCUGCCAUUAAAAAUAGACCAAUCAAGAUCAGGUUCAACGCAGACACUGCAUCCUCAAUGCAGUGGAACUUUAAACCUCAGCAGAUGGACAUUACUGUGGUGCCUGGUGAAACUGCCCUAGCAUUUUACACUGCUCUGAACCCCACAAAUAAGCCAGUGACAGGCAUCAGCACAUACAAUGUGAUCCCAUUUGAAGCCGGCCAGUACUUCAACAAGAUUCAGUGCUUCUGCUUCGAGGAACAACAGCUGAACCCCCAUGAAAAGGUGGACAUGCCAGUAUUCUUCUACAUUGAUCCAGAGUUUACUGAUGACCCAAAGAUGGAGUUUGUGGAUGAGAUUGUGUUGUCAUACACUUUCUUUGAGGCUAAGGAAGGCAUGAAACUGCCUGUGCCUUCAUAUGUCAAGUAA